CCCUCCUUCCUGCACACUAUGUUACUACCCUACUUAAAAUUCUGUCCAUCAGUAUACUCCAUAUGGUAAUAUGGACACCCGAGCAGACCUGAGCCCCGCGAUGCGUCAACGACAUUGCUGGGAGUGUAUGCGCCGUCGGCUCGUAUGCGAUUUCGAGCGCCCCACUUGUAACAAAUGCCGAUCGACUGGUGUUGCUUGCCCCGGAUAUGACGAGAAAAAACCACUCAGAUGGCUCGCACCGGGAAAAGUGACAUCUCGUGCUCGCAAGCGACGUUUUCCUCCUGGAACGGGCUGCUUCUCCACGGUCAGUAGCGAAGGGACGGCUAACAAGGAGGAUGUUCGGCAAGCCAGGGUAGGAAGUGCACUACUACGAAUACCAAACCCAGGCCGAGAGUUGAAAAGUCAAACAUGCACAAUGGUUGAAGCUGUGUGGUACUGUAUGUCUCAUCGAGCCGCUCAAUGCAUCUGAUUUUCAUAGUUUUUCCUAGUCAACCACUAUGUCUAUCCUGACUUUUCUGCUAUGCACGAGUUAGCGCCGAACCCUUACCUGGGCCAGUUUCCCCUAGAUGCGCUGCACCAAAUGCCCAUGUCAAUAUGUCACACACUAGUUUAUCUUGCCCUCGGUCACCGCAUCCAUCGUGUAUACCCAGGGGAUCAUGGUCGCUCGUUGGCGCGUUUGCGACCGAGCCUUUAUCAACAUAGAGGAUUAGCACUUCGAUCCUUGUCUGAGCUGAUGGGGAAUUUGAGCAAUCAAAUGACCAUCGAUCUUGC